UCACACCCACGUUAACCUUCAGUAUUCUACCUCGCGUGGAAGCCCUUUAGCUUCUUCGCACAUUCUCUGUCUCUGUGCUAGGGUUUCGUCCAUCCUUCACAUUCCAUCCCUUCCGCUGCGCCAUUUUCUCUCUAACUCGUCGCACCCUCCGUUUCCGUUGCACAUUCUCUCUAACUCUUCGCACCUUCCGUUUCCGUUACACCAUUUUCUUUUCUUUUUCAUUUAUGUACUUAUUUGCUCAUGUUUGUGUUCAUGCGUUCUUCACUUUCUUCGCUCAUGUUUCUAAGACACUCACUGUUAUUAGCUGAAAUUUGUUGGAAAUAACUAAAAGGCUAUUUGUUUUAUCAGAAAGUGAAUAGUCUUUUGUUGAUAAGAUACUGUUCCAGCGAUAGCUGCAAGUGAUUCAACUUGGCAAACGAAAGUUAGAGCUGCAGCAAUGGCCGCGAAGAAGCAGGACGCCGUAAAAACCAACAAGAGAAAGAGACUUAAUAUUGAAACUCAUGAAGGUCCCUCUAAUUCCAAGGUUUCCAAGUUCGUUGCCUCAAAGAAGCACAAACCAGAUUCGGUUGGUAAAGAGAAGACGAAGACUCCUCUUACGGGCCGACAACGUCGACUUCAAGCCAAGGAACUCACGGAUGCCAUGAAAAAGAAGAGAAAGAGGCAUUACACUCUUGAGCAAGAGCUUGCACAUUUAUGGGAAAAGAUGAGACGUCAUGAAAUUGCUAAAGAGGACAGAGCUAGGUUAGUGACAGAAGCGUUGCAAAAGAUGAAGGGGAAGAUUGCGGAGAUUGCAGGGUCUCACAUCUCAUCUCGUGUUCUUCAGAACCAAUGGGCUGUGGAAUAUUCUAAGAGCGAGAACUACAUGAUAUUGGACAAGCAUUGAUUAUAUGUUACUAUCGAGUUGAUGUCAAAUAACUAAAUAUAAUAUGUUAGGUCUAUAUACAUUUUUUUAUUAUUUGAGUCUAAGACUAGGAGUUGCAUGGUAAUGGACAAGCAUUGAUUGUGUUUAGAUAUAUGUAACUAUUAUUACA